UAAGUUCGGUUCCAAUCGAACGCAGCUCUUCCUCUUUAGUUAGCUCGCUCUUUGGCUUUCUCGUGAAAGCUAUUGUUGAGAUCUACCUAAUCGACUGUUUAUUUGCUCUAGCAUGAAUUACGCCUCUGGUCUUCCCCCAGCUGUUGGACCAGUUUGUAAAUUAAACAAACAUAUGACGGUUGUCUGUACACUUAUUUGGAUGUGUAAAGACCGGCUGGACAUCAAAGUAUUUGAAAAACGUAAUUUUUGAAAUUAUAAUGUUGAUCGAAUCCAAUUUUCAUACACUUUUUAAGCAUAUACUAUUUCUGAAUUCUUCAUUGUAUAAUUUUGGGCUUAUGAAAGAGCUGAAUUUAAAAAACAAAACAUUUUCAAAUAUAAAGCCAAUCAACUUGAAUUUUAUAGCACCUUAAACGCUUUCUGCGUCACUCGUUGGCUACUUUUGCUUAGGCACUCGGUGCUUAGCUUAGGCGGCAAGUAGAAAAAGCGAGAGUUUUCAUUGGCUCAGCCGUUGACUCAGUCUAUAGUCUGCGUUCGAACAGCGCUAAGUGAAGAUCAGCUUUUCAGUCAGCUAAGAAAGUGUACUUUAAGUGAUUAUAAAUAAUAAAAAUGCGUUUCCUCAUUUCAACCGCGGCUGCAAUACUGCUCACAGCGUACGUCAGCGCUUCCAGCUUAAGUGUAGUAAGCGAGGAUAAUGUACCUAGUGCACCGUUACCUGCCAGUGGUGCUGCCGUCGACGAAGUUGUCGUACACUCUUCGCUCUAUAUCAAACCAAAAGCCAAUUUGAGACCACAGGUUCGGCGUGUGCGCAGCUUGCCCUUCGCUAUGCCGCUGAACAGCGUCUCUUUGCUGGAGCAUGUGCGUGUCAAACGUAUGCCUCAAUAUAAGCGAUUCGGUCCACAGUAUGGUCAAUCGCAGGCAAACGCUGCAGCUGAUGCUAACAGUAUCCAAUUCGGCCCCCAAGGCGCAAGCUCAGCCGCUUCAAAUGCGGGCUCGCAGGCAUUCAACGCGUUCGGUCCGAACGGCUCGUUUGGCGCAUCCUCAGCGGGUACUCUGACACAAGCCUCGCAGUCUGGCUUGUUUGGAUCUUCGAACUCUGCAGGUGCCUCAAUGAGCCAGGUGUUUAGGCUGCCCAAUGGGCAAGUGAUCAAUUUUGCCAGCACAAAUAGUUUUUCUAAUGCGCCGAACGGUAAUAAUGCCAACAGUCGUGGUUCGUCGGUAUCUGUGGGACAGGCUUAGUCGUUCGCAUGUCUGUGUGCUGACUACAAAUUAUAUUUAAAUCUAAUAAUAAUUAAUGUGCGCAAUUAUACAUUGUUAGCCUUUGGCGAUUUUGAAUUGGACUUUUGCCAACAAAUUCUAUAUACAAAGCUCAGCCAUAAUUUCAAAAUAAUUGUCAUUGCAAAAGGAAAUAAAAAAAUUAGUAUUGCUUCUGUCGCUAAUUUGAAAAACAGGAUUUUUAAUUUAAUUUUGUACCGUUACCUCUUAAUUAUGAAUAACAAAA